AUGAGGCUGGAGCUCCAACUGGGAACUUUUUUUUUUACCGCUCCCGUCUGCAAACAACAUUUCACCUACACGCGACCCACCAACCAACACUCCACCAUUUCAAUCGACACCAUGGCUCCGAACAAGAAAGCCGGCGACAAGCCAGGGCGUGUGGCGAAACCUAAGACAUCUGACAAGGUGGCCUCCGGCCGUGUUGGAAAAUCUAUCAAAGGCAACAAGAAAUCGACCAAACUGCCUGCACCUCCCGCUCCGCUCCUUAACAUCGUCCAAAAUUUCCUGAGUGAACAUGGAUACACUGAGGCAGCCCAGAAACUUCAGGACGAAGCCAAGCCGUCUCCGGCUGCCGGGGCUACUUCAAAAGACGUACCAAGCUUGAGCUCACUGUACGAGAAAUGGGAAAAGCCGGCUGGUAAAGGUGCCGCCGAGGCCAUGGACGUGGACAAUGAGAGCUCUUCUGGCAGCGAUGACUCCGACUCCGACUCUGAUGAUUCGAACGAAGAUCCCGCCGGUGUCCCGCUGCCGGAUUCGGACUCAUCCAGCGCUUCCAGUGAUUCGGGUAGCUCUGAUAGCAGCGAUAGCUCCGAUAGUAGCGAUAGCUCCGAUAGUAGCGACAGCUCUGAUUCGGAAGUUGAAGCCAAAUCGACGCUGAAGGUGUCGAAGAAGACUAAAAAGACAUCCUCUUCUUCUUCUUCAUCAUCAUCCUCAUCUUCGUCAGCAUCAAGCUCCGGUUCGUCUGAUAGUGACUCUUCUUCCUCGUCCGACUCGUCAAGCGACUCUUCGGACAGCGACUCAGACGACAAAAAGUCCAAAGCCAAGAAAGCCAAAUCGAAGAAGGCUGUGAAGAAGGAUGACUCUUCUUCAAAUAGCGACUCAUCUGAUAGCGAUUCCUCAUCGUCCUCCUCUUCCUCGUCCUCGUCCUCGUCGUCCUCAAGUUCAUCAUCGUCGAGCGAUUCUUCUAGCAGCAGCGACUCUUCUGACAGUGAUUCAGACAACAAGAAGUCAAAAGCUAAGAAAACCAAGGCAAAGAAAGUCAAAGCCAAGGCGGUAAAGAAGGAGGAAUCUUCCUCGGGCAGCGAUUCAUCUUCGUCUGAAAGCGAUUCCUCUGAGAGUGAUUCCUCUGAGAGCGACUCUGGCAAGCUCGAGGUCGCAAAGAAGUCUCAAGUGAAAUCGGACUCAUCCGACACCUCUGCAACCCUCUCAGCCAACUCUCCUGCACCCAACAACAAGCGCAAAAACGAAGAUUCCUCGGCCAGCGACGUUCCAAACAAAAAGAAAAGCCAUAUCGAGAAUCGUUUCUCGCGCAUCAAGCCCACUACAAAGGUUGAUGAACGAUUUUCCACCAACGCUUAUCAGUCCUACGACUACGCUGAUCGCGCUCACGCCGAUCUGAUUGUAACCAAGGGCAAGGGAUUCACCAAGGAGAAGAACAAGAAGAAGAGAGGCUCGUACAGAGGGGGUGCUAUUGACACGUCUGGUGGCAAGGGUAUCAAGUUCGAGGAUUAA